CCUGCACUGGAAGGCAGAUUCUUAACCACUUUACCACCAGGGAAGUCCCAUUGAGGUCCAUUUUUAAAGCCAAAGAUUCCAUGCCUAAAAUCCUUUGCUGUGCCUAAGACACACCUCCUAGAAUUUGGUACCUUCACCCAGUGUCCUCAUGCUACCCUAGCAGAUGAGCAGCGCCCCCUUGAGGCACUCUGUAGACAUGCAGUAUGGGAAUUUCUAUUUGCUGGUGGCACCCCUUCCUUCUUCCUGGGGUCCUAGUACCUUUCUCUACCCUUUUCUCCAUCCCCCAUUUGCAAGCUUCAAAGCACCUCUCCUCUACUGGAGACUUCAACUUCUUUCAACACAAAGCUCCCUAGCUCUGUAUGAGAAUCCCACGUUAUCAGGUGUCAAAAUCCUGCUUGCUCUCUGGAAGAACAAAAGGAAAGUAUUUCUCCUUCCUUCUGAAUCUUCCCCAGUACUGAAAGCAAAACACAAAGGCAUAUGUCCAGAAACUGGCCUUCCAUGUUUCUUUUUUCAGUUUAAUGCUUCAAAAAGCAUAACAUUUGAGCUUAAAAUGGAAACAUUCUCUAUUCUUUCAUCACAACCACAAGUUAGGGCUGGCCGAUGGACCAGCGCUUCGCCAAGGUCCUUUGAUUCUUUAUGUCUUUGCAAGAAACUGCCUGAAUUGUCAGUGCUGGAAUUGGCUUCUCUCCGGAAAACAAACCAUUACAGAAUUUGGACUGGCAAAGCCUGUCAUCCAUUAACUCCAGGGAUCAAUGCUGAUGAAAGAGAAGAUAGAUUCCUUUCAUAUUUUCAUUAACCUCCAGAUAAUUUAACUUUAAAUUUUUAUCUCAUUAAUCUACUUUAACCAUGGCCAAUUUCUCUCAGUACUUCAAAUGUAGUUUUAUCUUUUCUAAAUUUUUAUCCAUUCUCAGUUUGGGGUCCAAACACAAAACACUUAGGGGGUAAAGAGAGCCUGCAUCAGGUACUAGCCCAGGCCUUGGGGUCAGAGUGACAAUAAAACACUAGAGGCCCUCACAGGUACACACUAAUAUUGCCUGGUCCUGUUCUAAGUUUUUCCACAUAUACUGAUUCAUUUAAUCCUUACAACAACUCAGUAAAGUUGGUAGUAUUAUGAGUCCCAUUUCAUAGUUGAGAAAACUGAGGCACAGAGAGGUUAAGACACUUUCCCAAGGUUGCACAGCUAGCAGGUGGCAAAGGCAAGAGCCAAGUCUGGAAGUCUGACAUCAGUCUGUGCCUUUAACAUGCAGCUGUGAGUACCAACCAUAGUUAAGAAGGAAAUAAACAGGCUGAUGAUACAAAGAGCAGAUGGGGAGGUCACUUCCCAAGUGCCGAUCAGGGAAGGCUAUCUAGGAGGCAGCACUUGAGCUAAAACCUGAAGGAUGGCAAAGAGCCAGCAAUACAAACAGUGAGGGGGUGGAGGUGAGCAUUCUGGGCAGGAGAAACAAGACACGCAAAAGCCAAGAAAAGGGAAGAGACAUUCACGGGCAGAAAAGUGGCCUGGGUGGCAAAACAUAGCAAGGGACUUGGAGAAUAACAUGGGAUGAUGAUGGGUGGAUGCUUCAGGAGCAGUGAGAAGCCCAGAUGGUUGUAAGCAGAGAUAGGACAUGAUCUGAGUUGCUUUUUCAGUCACUGGCUGCUGGGGGAACAACAGGACGAGCAAGAACCAGGAACAUAGGGGACCUGGAAUAGGGUUAUGGAAUUCAAGGGGAGAAAGUGAUGGUGGAGGUCUGGUGGCAACAGACAAGGAUGGAUGGAUAAGGAAGGCGUGGUGCUCAGGACUUGUCAGGCAUCUGAAGUGAAGACUUCAUUCCUAAGAGCCAGGGAAACCUGGAUGGGUUUAAGCAAAGAAGUCCUGUGAUCAGAUGUGGGUUUUAGCAGAAUGAUUCUGGGUGGUGUGGAGAAUGUGUUUGAGAGACAAAACUGGGAUCCAGUCAGGAGGCUGCUAGAGACACAACGGUGAAAGGUGAUACUCACUGACCAAGGGGCAUGGGUUACUCGUGCCACAAAGAUUAACCACCCAGCACUAGGCACUGGAACAAAUCAGACAAGGUGCUGGUCUCAAGGAACUUUCCAGAGCUCUUUAUGAGGACAGGCUUGGUGAUAUCUUGACAGUGAAAAAUGAAUGAAAGGAAGGAGAGGAAAGGCCCUUCUCUACCUGAGGGGAGAGGAAGGAUGCUGUUUUGUAAGAUAGGGAACCUGGAAAGAGGCUUUGCCUGUGGGUCAACUUGAGUUCAGGACAAACUUGAGAGUUCGAUGGCCACAGUGGAAAGGCAGGAGGUAGAUGUAGAUGGAACCCCAAGACUCUUCUAAGAAUGCAAACUAACAGUUGGAAGAGAAAUGUUACUUUUGAACAUCUUCUUAAUUGCCACCUGCUAGGUGUUGCAGUUUAAACAAAUAAGCACCAGAAAUAACCUGCUUCUAAAGAAUAAUAUUCCCCCUAAGGGCUUCAGAACGCAAGGAGAUGGGUUUCAGUGGCAACAUGAAAGAACUGGGCUUUGCUUAAGAACAAUUCCCAAGGACUUCAAAAGUACAGAAACAUCCCUUUCAGCUUCCCAUUACUCAGAUUCAGACAAUCAAGUCCUCCACCCAAGAGCAUGGUGAUCACCACAGCUUGAAAUAAGAUGGGUAGUCCUUAUCACAGGUGUUAACCUUUCCCUCCAACAUUAUCUGUACACAGCAGUAUACCUUCUGUUGAUUGACAGACCUCAAGCUGUCAAAUAUCUUUCCCAGAGAUCUUAGAGAAUACACAAGCUGUGUCUGGUAAGAUCAGUUGGAAGACAGGAUGUGUGAGAUUUCUUUUCAUUAUAACAUAAAGUUUGUAAGUUUUCACUCCUGCCAGUGCCCUGGAAAUAAUGGUGCCAGUACACUAGAGUCGCCAUCAAACCAGGGUGAAUGGGGAACCAGCCCUCCCUUGAAGGAUGGAUAGGUGGAUGGAUGGAUCCUGGGAAUUCAAUAGAAGAGUGAGUUCUAGAGAAAGAGUUUACCUCUGAGACAAGCUGGCUUUUCCACCGUCACUAAGCGGGUGAUCCUGUCUGCUUCUCCCUUUAUUUCAUCAACCGUGUUUUGACAAUUCCUGAAGAAAAAAAGAAAGAAAAGAAAACGUGUCGAAGACAAAUUGAGCUCCUGAAGCAAUAAACAUUUAGACAUACAAUGUGAAUUGAGUUAUUGUUCUCGGUCGGGAUAGUCUCCCAGUCUGUUUCUCUUUUUUGAAGAGAGACCGUGUCAGGCCGUCUUCCUCCCCCGGGCUCUGAAGGGGAGUCUCCCCUCCGCAGUAAUUGUUGCGAAUUCUGACAAUAGCCCACGACUAGGUUAUUUCACAGGAACUUCCAUUUCCAAAGAGUUGAGGGGAGAUUAAUGCAAGAAAACUGGACUAGAUCGAGGGUGAAGAGCCGACCCUUCAGCCAAGUUUAACCAAGAUGACGGAGGGCCGUCGAUGUCAAGUACAUCUUCUUGAUGACCGGAAGCUGGAACUCCUAGUUCAGCCCAAGCUUUUGGCCAAGGAGCUGCUUGACCUCGUGGCCUCUCACUUCAACCUGAAGGAGAAGGAAUACUUUGGAAUUGCCUUCACAGAUGAGACGGGGCACUUGAACUGGCUUCAGCUAGAUCGAAGAGUCUUGGAACAUGACUUCCCCAAAAAGUCGGGACCAGUGGUUUUAUACUUUUGUGUCAGGUUCUAUAUUGAGAGCAUCUCAUACCUGAAGGACAAUGCCACCAUCGAGCUUUUCUUCCUGAAUGCCAAGUCCUGUAUCUACAAGGAGCUGAUUGAUGUUGACAGUGAAGUGGUGUUUGAAUUGGCCUCAUAUAUUUUACAGGAGGCAAAGGGAGAUUUUUCUAGCAAUGAAGUGGUGAGGACGGACCUGAAGAAGCUGCCAGCGCUUCCCACACAGGCCCUGAAGGAGCACCCCUCCCUGGCUUACUGUGAGGACCGGGUCAUCGAGCACUACAAGAAACUCAAUGGCCAGACAAGAGGCCAAGCCAUCGUCAACUACAUGAGCAUUGUAGAGUCUCUCCCAACCUAUGGGGUUCACUAUUACGCAGUGAAGGACAAGCAAGGGAUACCGUGGUGGCUGGGCCUGAGCUACAAAGGCAUCUUCCAGUAUGACUACCAUGAUAAAGUCAAGCCCAGGAAGAUAUUCCAAUGGAGACAGUUGGAAAACCUGUAUUUCAGAGAGAAGAAGUUUUCUGUGGAAGUUCAUGACCCACGCAGGGCUUCAGUGACAAGAAGGACGUUUGGACACAGCGGCAUCGCAGUGCACACGUGGUACGCGUGUCCAGCACUGAUCAAGUCCAUCUGGGCUAUGGCCAUUAGCCAGCACCAGUUCUAUCUGGACAGAAAGCAGAGUAAGUCGAAGAUCCAUGCCGCCCGCAGCCUGAGCGAAAUUGCCAUCGACCUGACUGAGACGGGGACGCUGAAGACGUCUAAGCUGGCCAACAUGGGCAGCAAAGGCAAGAUCAUCAGCGGCAGCAGUGGCAGCCUCCUGUCCUCAGGUUCUCAGGAAUCGGAUAGCUCUCAGUCGGCCAAGAAAGACAUGCUGGCGGCCUUGAAAUCCAGGCAGGAAGCUCUGGAGGAAACACUGCGCCAGCGGCUGGAAGAGCUGAAGAAACUCUGCCUCCGAGAAGCAGAGCUGACGGGCAAACUGCCUGUAGAGUAUCCCCUGGAUCCAGGAGAGGAGCCACCCAUUGUUCGAAGAAGAAUCGGGACGGCCUUCAAGCUGGAUGAGCAGAAAAUCUUGCCCAAAGGAGAGGAAGCCGAGUUGGAGCGCCUGGAGCGGGAGUUUGCCAUUCAGUCCCAGAUUACAGAGGCCGCCCGCCGCCUGGCCAGUGACCCCAAUGUCAGCAAAAAACUGAAGAAGCAGAGGAAAACCUCUUAUCUGAAUGCACUGAAGAAGCUGCAGGAGAUUGAAAGCGCCAUCAACGAGAACCGCGUCAAAUCUGGAAAGAAACCCACCCAGAGGGCUUCGCUGAUCAUUGACGAUGGAAAUAUUGCCAGUGAAGACAGUUCCCUGUCAGAUGCCCUUGUUCUUGAAGAUGAAGACUCUCAGGUCACCAGCACACUGUCCCCCUUACAGUCCCCUCACAAGGGGCUCCCUCCUCGGCCACCGUCGCACAACCGGCCGCCUCCUCCCCAGUCCCUGGAGGGACUCAGGCAGAUGCACUAUCACCGCAACGACUAUGACAAGUCGCCCAUAAAGCCCAAAAUGUGGAGCGAGUCCUCGCUAGAUGAGCCUUACGAGAAGGUCAAGAAACGUUCCUCGCACAGUCACUCCAGCAACCAUAAGCGCUUCCCCAGCACGGGGAGCUGUGCUGAAGCAGGAGGUGGGAGCAGCUCCCUGCAGACCAGCCCCAUCCGCAGCCUCCCGCACUGGAACUCGCAGUGCAGCAUGCCAUCCACACCUGACCUCCGCGUCCGGAGUCCCCACUACGUGCAUUCCACGAGGUCGGUGGACCUCAGCCCCACGCGGCUGCACAGCCUGGCCCUGCAUUUUCGGCACCGGAGCUCCAGCUUGGAGUCCCAGGGCAAGCUCCUGGGCUCAGAGAACGACACGGGGAGCCCUGACUUCUACACACCACGGACUCGUAGCAGCAACGGCUCGGACCCCAUGGACGACUGUUCGUCGUGCACCAGCCACUCGAGCUCGGAGCACUACUACCCGGCGCAGAUGAACGCCAACUACUCCACGCUGGCCGAGGACUCGCCGUCCAAGGCGCGCGCGCGCCAGCGCCAGCGCCAGCGGGCGGCGGGCGCCCUGGGCGCGGCGAACUCGGGGAGCAUGCCCAACCUAGCGGCGCGCGGCGGCGGCCACGGCGUCUACCUGCACAGCCAGAGCCAACCGAGCUCGCAGUACCGCAUCAAGGAGUACCCUCUGUACGUGGAGGGCGGCGCCACGCCGGUGGUGGUGCGCAGCCUGGAGAGCGAGCAGGAAGGCCACUACAGCGUCAAGGCGCAGUUCAAGACCUCCAGCUCCUACACGGCCGGCGGCCUCUUCCGGGAGAGCUGGCGUGGCGGCGACGAGGGCGACGCGGGCCGCCUGACGCCUUCGCGCUCGCAGAUCCUGCGGACUCCAUCCCUGGGCCGCGAAGGCGCCCCCGACAAGGGCGCCGGUCGCGCCGCUGUCUCGGACGAGCUGCGCCAAUGGUACCAGCGCUCGAGCGCCUCGCACAAGGAGCACAGCCGCCUGUCGCACACCAGCUCCACCUCCUCGGACAGCGGCUCCCAGUACAGCACCUCCUCCCAGAGCACCUUCGUGGCGCACAGCAGGGUCACCCGGAUGCCCCAGAUGUGCAAGGCCACGUCAGCUGCCUUACCUCAAAGCCAGAGAAGCUCAACACCGUCGAGUGAAAUCGGAGCGACGCCCCCCAGCAGCCCCCACCACAUCCUAAGCUGGCAGACCGGGAGCUACGGUGACAGCUGUUUCCUGGACUCUUCCCUCUAUCCAGAACUAGCUGAUGUCCAGUGGUACGGGCAGGAAAAAGCCAAGCCCGGGACCCUUGUAUGAGCCCGCCGGCCUCCACCUGACCACCUCGCCGCCAUUCUGAGAUCACCUCACUGCCUCUCAUUUGCCUUACCCAGACGCACUGUCUCCCUGCACCAGCUUCAGCCCUCAGCACUUUUUUUCUCCCAUCUCCGCAACCCCUCACCCUCAAAAAACCUGACUGAGGAGACAUUCUGGAAGGUUCCGGUCCCACUGUGUGUCCCCUGGCUCCCUUGCCCAGAGAGCCAGGCACCAGUCCUCAAUGGCAUCUUGGUGCCCCCCUCCCCUCCAUGACAGCCCCUGGGCCAGGAACCGGCAGGGAAGCUGGUUGGCAUGGAUUCCUGUGGACCAGUGGCACUGGGGAGGCCAGGGAAGGGACUUAGUACAGGGUGAUCCAGAAAGACUAGGAAAGCGGAGGCCCACCCGCCACCUGAAGGCCAUCCACGCAUGUUGUGAAGAGGCUGCCUCAGGGAAUAUUCAGCUGAAAUAUUUCCUAGGAGGAGUGGCUAUUGGGGGAAGGGGAGAACGGAAACAGGAAGCUGAACACGUCAGAGAUGCAUCUGAGGAUCACAAUCAGUUCUACGCUGCCAAAGAUUUUAAAACACACACACACACACACAAAAUAAAGAGGGCCCAAGAGGAAGACAUUCCUUCUGCAAUGAAAUCUCUUAAAUCCUCAACUGCAACCACAUCCCACACGUGGAAGUCGACCAUCUGUGACGUGUCCCCCUCUGUAACCCUUCCCUGGACAUUCACCUCCCUCUCCCGAGAGCCUAAAAACUCACCCAAGGUGAUGGGCAAGUCGGACAGCCCCAGCUAGCAUUGCUGACUUGGAUCUCUGGACGUGAAGGAGAACAGCCUCAUGGCGGGCAACAGAGAGUUCGCUCAGCCCCAGCCUGCAUGGGGGUUCAGUCCGACACAGAGCUGCUUUCCUCUGGGGAUCUGUAGGAAGCGUAAGGUGAUGGUUGCCAAAAGUGGUUCUCUCUCAUUAAAACAACCAGUAAAAGCAUAUCCUAUUUUUUCGCA